GAGAUUUUCCGGCACGUACUCAUCCGAAACUAAAAACGGCACCAAUCCGGCAUUGUUCACCAGGAUGUCCACCGGUCCAAGAUCGGCUUCAAUUCUACGCUGCAGUUCUUGUACCUGCUCGGGACACGCCACAUCGAUCUGAGCCACACCGCCAGUAAACGUCAUUAGCUACAUUCAUUAAAUCUUCAAGGCCUCACACGUCACUUACCAACCUACCUUGUACGAGGCGGCUUUCACCCCAUAAUAGCGAAGUUCCAAUGCCGUGCGCAAAGCAUUGUACUCAUCCAAGUCGGCCACGGCAACGUUGCAUCCCUGCUUGGCCAAUUCGAUCGCUAUCGCACGACCCAAUCCAUUGGCACCGCCAGUAACCAAAGCAAGCCACCCUUUGAUGUCCUUUGGCUUUCGCCAAACCGUUAGCUUUCUCAGCAACAAAUACACCACCAGCGGGAUUAACUUGCCAAGAAAAAUCACCACGUUGAAGACGAUUUUCAGCACCAGCACAGCGGUCACCAACGGGGGACGCGAUUUUAACGGAGCUGCCGGAUUGUACGGUAACUUUUGGAACUCUUGGAGACUUCCCAUUCUGCGCUCCGGCUGACAGCAGAACCACAACUGAACCGAUGCAUCCGAGCCGCACACUCGCAUGCAGACGAAAAUCGCUCAACCAGAAAAAAUAAAACACGCCGCCGCGUAGGUAAGCUGUUGUGAAAAAACCAGUUUAAGGUUAAGGAAGAAUUGCACCACAGAACAAAAACAAGCAGUGCACGGUAAGUACCACUUACUCACCCUUGGCUCGUUGGUCAGUUAGUGUUGCAGAAUCAGAAAAAAAUGAGCUCAGAAACGGACGCCGGUAGCUUGGCGGAAUUCUACAAACGACCCUACAAUCCGGCCACUCCAGUUGAGCCAAAAUCUCCCUUCGAUCGUGUGAAACGUUUUGUGUAUUUAUUGGAGUUUUUUGUGAAAAGUGUUCCGGUGUGGAUUUGUCUGCUGGUACAACGAUUGUUUCCUGGUCCUCCGAAAAAUAUUACCGGCUGGAAUGCCUUAGUGACGGGAGGUUCUAACGGAAUUGGACGCGCGGUUGCCCUGGAACUUGCCCGAAGCGGUUGCAAUGUGGUCAUUAUCGAUAUCGAUGAAACCAACGGAAAGGCGGCUUUUUACAAGGUGGACGUUUCCAGUUAUGAGGAAAUCGAUCAACUAGGACGGGAGAUUGGUCCGAUCGAUAUUCUAGUUAACAACGCUAGUGUUCUACCUUUUCUGGUGCCUGAUGAGUACAGUCCGGAAAACAUUAGACGAAUGGUCAAUGUUAAUAUACUUAGUCACUUUUGGACGAUCAAAACGUUUCUGCCGGGAAUGUACGAAAGGCGCCAGGGUCAUAUCGUGGGACUAUCCUCGCUGUUGGCCUACCUGCCGGAGGGUUACACAAGAAGUUACAACACUACGAAGUACGCCAUUCGUGGCUUCAUGGAAGAACUGCACGAUGAAAUCUUUCACGCCGGCUUCGAGAAGCGGAUCAAAACCACUACCGUUUUUCCGGGGAUUAUCAACGCACGUGAGGAGUGUACUGAUCAGCUGCGUAUGUUACCGUACGUCUGGAACCGACCUGUCUACAGUCCGGAAGAGGCCGGUAGGCGAAUUGUGGAAGCCGUUCAACGAGAUACGAGAAAGCUUGUGAUCUAUCAGUCAAACACGGCACUGCAAGUUGCGAAAUUUGAGGAUUUGCCGAAAGAGAUAACUCGACUUUAUACGCGAACUAUAUUUAAGUGAUUUAAACUACGGUCAUCAGUACGCAUCUACCAAAGAAGAAAUAAUCUAUUAAAUCCGUAAACAAAAACUAAAGUAUAAUAUUGAGAGGCAAGCAACAUGCAAUGUGUUUACAGUGAUAAUUUAAUGGGUUGGGUAUUUUUUUGAAUAGAUUAAAGAAAACCUUCAAAAUUGUUACAAAAAAUGUCGAUUCCUUGUUCUGUUUUGGAGUGAAGCAGGCUAAUUGUUCUGCGUCAAGUUGUAAGUCAAACAAAAUAAAACAAAACGAAACAACUAAACAAUUGGAGAAUUAUAAAAAACAAAUUAGAACAAACAUGACGAUGGAAAGAUAAAAAAUAAAGUAGAAUUCAUGCAAGAAUUGCCGAAAUGACAGAAAAAUUGUAACGAAAUUUUGCACCAUUUUCGACACAAAAAAAACAUUCAAAUUAGAGAAAAAAAACACCAACAGAAAAAUAAUGCAAAACUAGCAGAAACAAACAAAAAGAGUUAUAUAAUGAGAUGAAAUAAACAUAAACAAUUACCAAAAAUAGUUAAAAAAAGGAAAGCUGAAAAGGAUUAAAAUAGAUACAAAACUGAGAGAAAAAUGAUACAAAAAAUAUAUGAAAGGUGAAAACUGAACAAUACACUGCAAAAUAAAACUAAAAUUACAUAAAAAACGAAAAAUUGACAAUAAAAAAUAAUAUAAAAAUGACAAGAGAAAAGACAAAAAAGAGAUGAAGGUAAAAUAAUAAACCAACAAUAUAAUUAUGCAAAUUAGCAGAAAUAUAACAAAAUCAUACAAUAACACAAAAUAGACAUGAAAAACGUAAAAUGAACAAAUGAAUAACAGGAAGUAGUUCAAAACUGAAAUUUAAAUAGAAAUUUAAAUAGAAAUGAGUGACAACCAACACAAAAAUUAUACAAAAACAAAAAAAAAUAAUUGCCGAAAAACUACAACAAAAAUCAUGCAUAAUGGUAUGGGAGAACAUAAAAAAAACACAACAAAGGUGCAAAUUAUGCUAAUAACAUAAACAUAAUGCGGAAAUGAUAGAAAAAAAAAAACACUAAAAUGGUGUACAAACGACGUGAAAUAGAUAUAAAAACGACAAAAUCAUUAUGUAAAAUUUAAACAAAAAUAUUAUGAAAAUGGCAAAUUAGGAAUGAAAAAGAAAACUAAAGUGACACGUAAUAAACAUAAAAUGACGCAACAACGCAGAAAUUAUGCGCAAUCUACGCAAUGACUCAAAGUAGAUAUAACUGACGCAAAAAAGAUACAUAUAUAACAAGAAAAAAAGCAAAAAUAACAAAAAAUGUCACAAAAAUAUCACAAAAAUGAUUAAAAAUACGCAAAAAUAUUACAAAAAUGAUAUAGAAGAACAUACAAUUAAAUAAUAGAAGGAAUAAUGCUAAAAUGACGCGAUAUAUACAUAAAUAACGCAAAAAUAUUUCGAGAGGAAUUCGAAAAGCGUAAGGCAAAAAUUAGGCCAACAAAAAAAUAAAACAAAAAAAGUAGCAGAAAACAAACAAAUAUAAACAUGACUCGAAGAAGACAUGAAAACAACGUUAGCAAGAAACAAAAAUCAGUGCACCAAGAAAUAAGGUAAUAAAUAAUUAGAAUAAAUACACUAUCAACAAAAUGCAUAAUUUGCUGAAGCAGAAAAAAUAUGCCCAAAAUAAAAGACAGAGGGAAAACAAUGAUGAAAAUUACUUGAAAAAGUAUUAAAAACGACAUCAAAACAUAUAAAAGGAUACAGAAAUUCAAAAGAUAACAACAAAACACAGAAAACUAAACCAAAAAUGACAGAAAAAUAAAACAAACAUUAUAAAAAUACCAUAAAUAGGCAUAAAAAUAGGGCAAAACGAGCUGAAAAAAUAGCAGAAAAGGAAACGAAAGAAGUAAAAAAGGACAGGGAAGUAGAAAAUAGAUACAAAAAUUAGAGUUAUAAAAAGGCAAAAGUAAUACGAAUGAGACAUGACAUUUUCACAAGAAAAUGUAUAAGUUUCUGAAACAGAUAAACAAUUUAUAGCAAAAUAACAAAAAUAUAAAGGAGAAAAUACAAAACACAGAGCAGAAAUGAUAAAAAACAACACGAAAAUGAUAUCGAAAUUAAGUAAAAAUGAUGCAAAAUGGCAUACAAAAUGACUCAAUAAAAUUAUACAAAAAGGCAAAAACAAGUGAAAAAACAUAAAAAUUUCAAUAAAAUACCGUGGAAUAGGGUGAAAUUGAUCAGUGGGGUGAAGUUGAUCACCUGAAAAUUCGUGAUAAAAAAUACUAAUCAAAAGAUACAGACUAGGCAACGUUUACGUGUCCUUAAAUGCAACUUUUGCAUAAUUCACAUACCUGUCAAAGUUAACCCUUGCAUGCAUGUAAUUUUUCAUAUUCUCGAAAAAUUCUUCUAACUCAGUCAAAACUCAAUUAAAUUUGUUCAAACAAGUUUCCAAAUAACAAAAAAAGUAUUGAAUUUACUCAAAGUAAUUUUAAUUAAGGGUUAAUUACGUUGAAGUAGUGAGUAAAGUUUGAUAAAACCUCAAAAAAUGUAAUUUUCAACAAUGAUCUUUUCAUGGGGUCAGAAUUCGUGAAACGGAUCACCAAGAAUCGCGAUGUCUAUUUUUUCAAAUAAGUAUUAAAAACUUCAAGAGUUACACUCGUGAAGAUGAUUUUCCAAUUUUUAUUGAAAUUGAGUAAGUUUUCAAGUUGUUAUUGUCAUUUGAAAUUUAGGUCAAAAUUGUUUUCAAAUAGACAUAUUUUUAAAAAUAUUGCAUCGAAUUUGAUAAAAUUUUCACAGCAGAUGCAUCCUAAAUUGUAGUUUACGAAAAUUUUUUUUUGGAGAAUAAAAUGUUUUUUUUAAUAGUAACUAAUUAAAACAAUAUGUUGAAAAUCCAUGUUCUACACUAUGUUGACACUGAAAAAUCUGAUAAAAAUCACAAGUAUUUUUGACGAAAUUUCGAGACUUCCCAGAAAAUUUCGAGGUGGUGUUAUUUUUUGUUCUAACGAUAUGGGUUUUUAAAGUUAGUGCCGCAACGCAUUUUCAGAAAAAAGCAUAAGUGUCAAAAAAUAACACAAGUAACAUAAAAAUUUGAUAAAAAAUACGCAAAAACAAUGCAAAAUGACACAAAGCGGUAAAAAUAUUACAAAAACGCAAAAACUAGUGGUAAAAAGAAGAUUGAAACUAAUUAUAAGAAAAAUAACACAAAAAUGACUCAAAACAAAAAAAAAACACAAAAAAGAAUCAAAACAGGUAAGGCAACGACCCAAAACUGAUGCAAAAAUGGUAGAAAAAAAACAAAUAGUGCAAAACUGACAUGAAAUAAACAUAAAAAUGCGGCGAAAAGAGCAGACAAAUAUGGAAACAAAUGCAUAAACAUAGUGUGAAAAUUAAAUAAUGAGAAACUAAUGCAAACAUAAGAGUCAUAAAAAGGCAGAAAUAAUACGAAAUAAUAUGAAAUUUGGUUAAAAAAUGCAUAAGUUGCUUAAACAGAAAAAAUAUACUAACAUGACAAAAAAAAAAUAAAAAAUAAAAACACACUACAGAGCAACAAUGACAUGAAAACUACAUGAAAAUUUUAGAAAAAUUACGAAAACACGAUGUAAAACGGCAUAGAAAAUGACCCGAAAAAGGUAUGAAAACGUAUAAAAAUACAAAAAAAAAGUUGGGAGAAAACAUAAAGAUUAAAACAAUACAAUAACAAAAAAAUAAUGCAAAAAGAUUUAAAACAGAUAAGGAACUGACGCAAAAAUGGCAGAAAUGAAAAAUGCAUGUAACAAACACAAAAAUUAGACGAAAAGAGUAAAAACGAGAUGCGGCAUAAGAAUAAUGCGAAAAUGAUAGAAAAAUGACAGAAACUGUUGCAGAAAUAAAAAAAAAUAUGGCGAAAACUAUAUACUAAAAUCAAUGCCAAACGACACGAAAUGAUGCAAUAAUGACCGCAACAACACGAUAUUAUGCAAAAAUGAAACAAAAUUGAUAAAAAAUGUUGCAAUUAUAACGAAACAACACCGCCAAAUAUGACUCGAAACAGACAUUAUUAACAGAAAAAUAAUACUUUCUAAACUAAAUUUUCAGUUAAUUUAAUUUUCUAUCUUCAUUACUACAUUUACUUCUGGAAACUAAAAAAAAAUAAUAAUAAAAAUAAAGAAAAUAAUGCAGAAAUAGGCAAAAAAAAACGUUAGACGACAGAAUAACAGAGAAUAUUAACGCAAAAAUGGGAGAAAACUUACAGCAAAAAGGGGUUAAAUGGACAAAAAUAACAAAAAGAUAUGAAAAUAAUUGAAUACUGACGCAAACGAUGCACCAGAAUGCCAGAAAACUAUCUUACAAAGAAUAUAAAAGUGAAACAUGGAGUUGUUACAAAAAUUACAAAUCAAUAAAUAAGAAAAUAUUAAAAACUGACACGAUAGUUCAAAAAAAUAACGCAAAAAUGAAAAAAGAGUGUCGAAAUAUCACAACAAUGAAGCAAAAAGGGGUUAAAAUUGUUAUGAAACUAUUUUGAAAAUGCCAUAAAUUUAAAUUGGAAAAGAAAUUCAGAAAAAAUUGAAAAAAAGCAUAAGAAUAUUAAAAACGAUAGUAAAAAUUACACACAAAUUAUAUAACAAUAUGAUAAAACGAACGAAAAGGGCACAAAAAUAAACCGGAAAUGGCACAACAAAUGUACAAAAAUACUUCACAAUCUGCAUAUAAUUGACGAAAUAGAAACCCAACCGAAUGGCAACAAGAUAAUUUAAAAGCAAGAAGGUAUAAGAAGAACCAACAUGUGCAUAUAAAUGAAGCAAAAAUGGGAGAAAAAUUACAUAAAACAAGACUAUUUUGAAAUGAUGUAAAGGCAACGUAAAAUUUAGCACAUGAAUGACACAAAAAUGGCAUUAAACCAACAUGAGACUAACGAGAAAGUUGAACCUUCUUCGUUAUUUAUUGAAGGCGCAACGCCGAUUACUAUAAUAUUGGAUUAGAACUAAAGGUAAUGAAUAAAUUCAAUUUUAAGUCGUUGUUAUUUGUGGCGAUUUUGAGGUAAACAAAACCGUGUGUAUUAGGGAUUUUUCAAAACGUUUAGUUUAA